GACCGUUACGCCGUGACGUCACACAACGGUUCUUCCGCUGCCGGUAGAGUGAACGUGCCGAGAGGAGGAGAAGAAAAAAGGAGAAGAAGAAGAAGUUCGUAGAGAUCCGAACUAAGGCCUUUAUAGAAACAGACGAUCAAACCAUCGAGUCCGAGAGCUGAGAGAGGAAAUCCGAACAGGUAGAGUGAGCGGACCGUGAACGCGCCGUCAGUGUCGGUAUUACUGGACCUUAUUAGCCGCUAAAGCUCAGUUAGCUCUAAUGGAAACUUGUAACGGUGAAAUUAAUCCUGAUUUAGAACAAACUCAGAGGACAUUUGUGAAUCUAACACAGAUUAAAAUAACUGUUUUUAACUCCCAAAGCGUUUCUGGAAGUUUCUAUAGAGCUAACUGAAGCCGACGAGGCGGUGUGGAGGUUUCAGGGCGGGGAAACCGUCUCCGAGUCUGGGACUGAAGCAGCUGAAAGUACCCGCUGAAAUAUGACUUAUUAUCAGAGUCACAGAGAGGUGUAAAUAUGAGGGAAAGUUCCUGAUACUUUCCUCAACUCUCAUCCUUUAUUUGUCCGAUUAUUCCCUCACAAUGCCCGGACAGUCAAGCAGCCCCCCCGUUAGUGAAGCUAAGCUAGUGAAGCUAACGGUGAGUUCAGGGUCCACCUGAAAAAUCGGAAAAACGAGUAUCAACACCAAGGCGCCGAAAAUCUCUGUAUCCCUGUGUCAUCCUGGAUGGAGAACUAGGCAAAAAAUGCAUGUGUGUAAUACCAAAGUAAAUGCUGUCUUGGUGGUUAAAUAUUGAGUUAAAUUGUAUUUGUAAAAACAUAGUUUGACUGUGAAGUCACCCAUCAGGGUAAAAUGACUGAAUAUUUACAGCCUCUCUGUCAGUAUAGAUGAUCUCUGCACACCCCAGUAAUGGCUGUCUGUGCUGUAGGGAUCAUUGUGACAGGACAAAAACAAGAACUAAACUGACUAUGAGAAAAUAAGAUUUGUAUGUUACGGUGGCCGAGAACCGCCACUGCUGCAAAUAAAAAAGAAUGCAAGAAAAAAAAAAGAACAAGUCGCAACGGAAGUUACCAAUGCAAAAAAAAAAUAAACUGAAGCCCCCUGCAAAUAAAAAAGAAAAACGGUGCAAAUAAAAAAAACACAGAACGGAAGUCAACAACACACAAAAAAAGUGGCAAUGCAAAAAUAAGUAAGUAACUUUUUUUGUUUUUUGCAUUUUCACUUUUUUACCACUUCAUUUAAUUUUUUUUCCUAUCACCACUUAUUUAUUUUUUUGCGUCCAUAACUUUCAUUGUGGCUUUUUUUGUUUUAUCUUCUUUGUUUCUUUUUUUACUUGCAGCAAGCUUCGGUUUCUUUUUUUAUUAUUAUUAUUAUUUUUUUUUUGUAUCGGUUACAUCUGUUGUGGCUUCUUUUUUUUUUUGCAUUCUUUUUUUAUUCGCAGCAGUGGCAGUUCUCAGCCACCGUAGUAUCUGGACCUGCUACGUCUAAUUUUGAUUAGAAAUAAAGAAGAUUUUAGAUUUUUCCUGCUUAGAUUUUGUCUCUUAUUUCAAACAAAAAUGGACUGAAUGUUUCCUCCUUUCUUCUCAUUAUAAUCUGAUUCAUCUAAAUGAAAUCCCUCAAACUGAUUAGGUCCACAUUGUUCCAAAAAUGACUUUUGAAUGUGUGUGGAUCUCUUGCACCAGUCUACCAGGUUGGAUUGUUGUUAAUUCUCCUACAGUAGCUGUGCAGCCCUCAGGUAUCCCUCUCAGCUGUUGAGGAAAAGAGCUCACCUUUCCUGCUCCAGGAGUGAAAAUGAGAGUUGUAGCUGGUGUGUAACUUGUUAUUAUUCAGGAAAACAGCGAACCUGUUCUCCACAGAAUAUGAAAACUGCUGAAUGAUCAGGAGAAGAAGAGACGUGAGCUUCUGGUGUCGUGUUCAAAACUCCAGAGGAUGUUAUUUACUCUGAGUUAUUUACGCUUCCUAACAGAUGACCCAUUCAUGGUCUUAAUGUGUCUCCACUCCAUGUCAGCAGGUGACCGACAAUGGCUGUGAACGUGUACUCGACCUCAGUGACCAGCGACAACUUAAGUCGUCAUGACAUGUUAGAGUGGAUCAACGAAUCUCUACAGAUGAACCUCAACAAGAUAGAAAUGUUGUGCACAGGUGAGUCUCUGAUGUCCCUCUGAAGCUCCAGGACGUUCUGGGAAGCUCGAUAUUCUGCAUGUCUGUGUGACUUGACUGAUGGUUAAUAUCAGGGCGUUCGCCACCGACGUGUCAGCGUGUUGGAUUAUGUGACAGUUUGAUUAUGGUAUGAGCUCAUAAAUCCCGUCGAGGUUGUUUUAGACUUUGUUUUAAUGAAAGACGCUGGAGGAGAAGCUCCGAGUGCAUCUGUACGUGUGAUUCUCACAGCCAACACCGCUCAGGGUUUAUCACAGUGACAUUCGCUGGAGGGAGGAUCAGGUCUGAACUUUGGAAAGUCACUUUUCAGUUUGUUCCCAGAUCUUCCUGCUGCAGCGUUGGCUCUUACC